UGCGACUUGAAACUACAAUAAGAGAAGAAGAAGAAGAAGGAGAAUAUAUACAAGAACAUACAAAGAAGAUAUAACAAGAACAGCAGAUAAUAACAAAAAGCAGCAUGUCCUUCCUCCUCUGCUGCUGCGCUCCCCGAAAACCAGCAGCAGCAAACAAAUCCCUGCGCGGUGCCAGAGCUGAUCCGCCUCCGGCAUACUACUCCGACUUCAACUUCUACGCCGAACAGCUCCGAGACCGCGAGCUCGGCCGGUUCAACGACGACGAGAGCGAUGGCGAUAGCGACGGAGAGGGGGAGGAGGAGUUUACUGCGCUGUUGAGGGCGCGGAGGGGAGAUGGUCAACAGACGUCUCUCAGAUCGCAUUGGUUUACGUCGUGUUUGGGACGGCAAAAGCAGUAUGUGUCUCUAAUAUCCUCUAUUACAUCAUUCUGUUAUUGUAUUAACACUUUCUAUAGACACCACACAGUCUUCUCCACCCUGCCAAACCGCAAACCGCCCUCCUUAAUAUCCACAGAGUCCCUCGCCGGCAUCCUCAACCCAUCAACAUCUCCCUCCUCUCCCCGCCGCGUCUCUACAUCAACCCCCGUCUCUGGCCGCUACGAUCUGCCUUCAACCGCCUCUGCUGAAGAUCCAAUCGAGGACUUUGGUCUGGCUGACGCGCAGCUCGUUCCCGACAGCUUCGUCGUCUCCGUCCCGCUCCGCGACACGAAGCCUUCUCACUCUGAUCCUGCCUCCGCUCCUUCUUCGCCACAGUCUGCAGUUACUGACUCUGCUCCUCCUUCUGUCUUGUCUACAGAGGAUAAUGAUUCCCGUCAGAAUCUCUACAGUAUGAGUAUGUACGAUCAGCGAGGCUUUGUCUCUGAUCGCACUUUUUCCGGAGUUACCGUUUAGCUUCUAUACUAUCUUUAUAUCUACUUGCUACUGUUUGGUCA